AUGCAAAUAAAUAAUGCAAUAGCUUCAUUCAAGCAAAAUUCCGAUCCAUAUAAAGAAUCAAUCGCGACAUUGUUAGGGGAUAUUCAUUUUGACUUAGCGAUCGGUGAAGUUCGAAAAACGUACGAUGAUGAUGGAAAUAUCUUAAUUAAUAUUCAAAAUUAUCUUCGAACAUUUUGUCUGAAAAAUAAAGUUGAAGAUGAACCAUUGCACAAACAAAAUCAAACACAAUGGGCUGAUGAAAUUAGACAAUUGAGACAGGAACAAACGACAUCAGAACAAAAAACGAAACGAUGUCGAACACAAUUAGAAAAUUUAAAAAGAGAUUUGGAGACAACAGAAAAGCGUACAAAUACUAUGAUUCAACGAGUAGUGAUAAUGUCGAACGCAAGUUUAAUGGCCGCAAAUCAGAUAAAAGAUUAUUAUACAACGAGAAAUGAGGCAAUUAAAGAUUUAGAAAGAGUUCAAAAAGAACAUGUAAAACAGAAUGAACGUUAUGUUGCGUCAGUGGCAAAAACCAAUAAUAACAAGAAACAGAUCGAAAGUUUAGAAAAAUUGAUGCAAUUGAAAUUAAAUGAUCAACAUAAAAAAUUAAUUGUCAAAUAUGGACGUGGCCUCUUGCUAUGUGGUCCACUAGGAACGGCUAUAUUUUACUUGACAGGUAAAUCUGAAUUACUUAAACGAGUAGCAAUUUAUGCCGAGAUAACCAUGAUUAGUCAACCAUUCUCUGCCGGUGAACUUAAUCGACCAUAUGUUGGUGAAACAGAAAAACUUCUUGUUGAUAUUAUGUAUCGCGCUAAUGCCAUUCCAUUUUUGAUCGGUGCUAUGAUCAUCGAUGAAAUUGAUGGCCUUGUGUCAAAACGUGAUAAUAAUGCGCAACAAGGAAAAGUUGAUGGCAUUAGUGUAUUACUUUCACAUAUUGAAGGUGUAAAAAAUAUUCCAAACUUAAUUGUAUUUGGUGCUACCAAUUGUCGAAAUAUGAUGGAUGAAGCAUUUCUUCGACGAAUGCAAGCAAAAGUAUUUGACGGUCGUCCAUCACCAACCAUACGAAAUAAUAUGUUAACACCAUUAGUUUGUAAAGAUUCACGUCUAUUUAUACCAAAACGUCUCGAUUCAGUAGUUAAAAUCACCACAAAUUUUAGCGGUGCUGCCAUCAGUGCAUUGAGAUCAAAUUUAAUUAUUGAAAUGGAUGGAAAUCCAAAUACAACAGAUCAUCGUCUAUUAGAAUUAGCUGAUAGUGUAUCCCGGGCAUUUAAUGUUUGGUUUGGUAUCAGUACAUUACCUGAAAUAUGUCGUCUAAAUCCAACUAUAAUCAAUUCUACACAUCAUGAAGACAGUUAUUCGUUAGAAUUUGAAAAAUUAAUUCCAACAGGACGAAUAUUAAUUGAUUAUACUGAUCGUAAAUGUUUGAUUGAAGUGAAAAAUGAACCAACAUUAGAAAAAGAUUUAGAAAAAGUUGAAACAUCUGUACCAGGUUUAUUGGCACAUUUUAUUCAUGGUUGUUCAACAAGAAAUAUUGAUACAAUACAAACGAUUGAUUUAAAUUUUCUUAUUAAACAAAAUGUAUUUGAUGAAAAUCAAAUCUUUGAAUUAUUAACUACGACAUUUCUUGAAUGUAAUGAAUACAAUCGAUCGAUGCUUAUCUUUGAUAUUGAUUCAUUAAUUAUGUUAAAUAAAUCUGAUUCCGAAAUGUCUAAAUCCAAAUCAAUUUCAAAUAUACGUGUCUAUCAAUUUAUACGAGAAAAAUGUAAGACGUGUAUUGUUGAAGAAACAGAACGCAAUGAGAAAGGUAUUGUUACUAAAAUUGAAAACUGGAUUGUUAUGAUUGUCAAAGAUCCAUGGUUAAAAAAUACAUUGAUUGAUGAUAUUGAAUUUAAAAAAUCAACAGCUCAAUUAAACAAAGAGCAAGCCGAGGAAGACAAACGUAUUGAUGAAGAAACAUCAAGAAAAUGUUCCAAAUGUUUACGAAGCUAUACACCAAAAGAAGCACGUGAUGGGAAUUGUCAUUAUCAUCCGGGCUUUGUUGGAGAUAUUAAUCAACCGAGAGAACGCUUGACUAGUGAAAAAGCACAAGUAAUUCUACAGCGUGCAGUAUUGCAAAAAUUAUCCGAAAAAAGAAAUGCCGAAAUUGAUGUGGGCUUAUUGUCUAAGAAGAUAUGGGGAUUCACUGCAGUCAUGUGA